AUGGAGUUCCAGCAGAAGCACAUCAAGUUUCUGGCUCAGCUCUACCUGGACAGCAGCCAGAAAAGGAAACCUAAAACACCAUUGCUUUAUAAGAGGCGCAGCCAAUUGUACCGGGGCCACCUGAGCAGGGAAACCAGUGCACCACCACUCUUGCCAGAUAUUCAUUCCGGAAGACAAAGCAGGUGCCACGUGAUGCCGGAAGGUCGGGUGCCGCUGAUACUGAACGUGGACAGCCCUGGGCCAGCAGCCUACUCACCCCCCAGCAUGAACUACCGCGAAACCAUUGCACCAUCCUACACCUUUGGGUGGAAGACGCCCCCUAGAGAGGGCGGAGGGCGCCGAUCUUGGCAGAAGUCUUGGUUCCUGAGCAAGAACCCCUUUACCAGGAAGGCAGAUUUUACCCACGAGACCAACUGGCCAUCUCCUUUUGACUAUAGCCAGCCCCUGGGAACGAAGCCAGCCAACCAGACAAACAGACCCAAUUUCACCAUGGGUCAGAAGGGCGAGUUUACUUUUGUCAACAAAGCUCUCACCCUCUUCUCCUCUGCACACACUGUGACCGACCCAGGACCCAAUAAAUACAAUACCAUAUAUGCCUACAACCACAUUCUACACAGAUCACCCUCCUUCAUUAUCAGUCCUGCACCGCAAACGGUGUACAGAUGGGCCAGAAAAGGCACCACCCCUGGUCCCGGCGCUUACAAUGUGGAGAGGGGGCACGUUGCUCGCUUGCCCAAUUCCCCCAGUUUCUUCAUCCAAGGCGUGAGACGGCCCAAGAAGCACGAGACGGGGCCAUUUUCAACGCUAUGACACAUGCAUCAGGGCGCAUUUAAGAAACGGGCUGCCCUGCCUUCAAGGAACCCCAUUUCUGCUCAGUGUUAACGUUCCAGGGCAGCUCCCGUUAACUUAAUACAGGCUCAAGUUUGUUAAAGCACAAAACCCAGUAUCAGCCUUGCCCACAUUUACUAGAAAAAAAUUAUAUAUACAUAAAUACACACACACACACACAUAUAUAUAUAAAAGACACAAAUAAAGGUCAAGGAAGCUACAUAUAUAUAUAUAUAUAUAUAUAUAUAUAUAUAUAUAUAUAUAUAUAUAUAUAGCUUGACACUGGAACAGAGGAAUCUUGUUUGUGGAACCGAGGAGUCCAGACACUUUUUUUUUACAGAGCAAAUGUGUGCCCUUUACAAUAGUAAAAUGAUUCCCAAGUCUUUCAAAAACUAGAUCCGCAAGGGGUUAUAAAUCAUUCUACUCUACGCCUGCAGUGCCCUAUCCUUGCACCCUCUUAAAAAGAUUGGGGUGGGUGGGUUAAUGCAGAAUAAGUAUAUACAGUUGAACUAAGCUGCAGACUUGUAUAAUUUGGAGGGUGGUGCAGCUGAAGUCACAGUUCAACUGCACCACUACUGAGGUAAUCAAUGAUAUCACGGGGGUGUCUCCCACUGAGGAUACUGAUUGAUAUUGCAGCCAACAGACUGGGCUGUUUGCAGGAUCAUCCUAGUCCGGGCUUUCACCUUCAACUCUCAUCCGGGUGAUAGCACCACUUUCCACGUGGUUAUUGGCUGCCACGUUCUUCCUUGCUUACUUGGAAUUAAGGCAGGAGUUAUGCAAAAGUAAAUCAAGUGUAUGCAAUUUAAUUUAAAGGCUUCAGAGUUCACAUUGUCCAGAAUUUGAUGACACUGGUAUACAAUUUUUCCAUGCAAAACAUAAACAAGCCUACUCCUGCUCUAGGGAAUUGCGAAGAACCG